AAGGCCAAGCUCAGGAGUCAAAGUGGAUAAGUAUUCUGCAAAAUAUUUGGCUAGGGAGCUGCUACACGGUGGAUCCAGAAACUAAUGUAAAUCCACCGCAUAUCGAUGUAAGAUUAUAUUUUUGCACUAUUAAUGCUAGCUCAGAUUCAUCGAUUUAUUGUCUGAGAGCACAGACGCAUUUCAUACAAGUUUAUCACUUUUAGCAAAAACAGUCUGACAUGAAUUCCCUCGUCAUGCCAUGCUCAAAUGUGGAUGAAAUGGACACCAAUGCAGACGCACUUGUGAGAAAUAUUGCAACAUAUUUAUAAAUAGCAGCGACCGCGGAUGUUGUGGGGGACAUCGUGAAAUUGUUAUUGUAGUAACAAGCUCAUGUACGUUUUUGUUCUGAUCAAUACAGGAGGAUGGUGAUGGAGAUGAUGAACGUGGGCACUGUGGACAACGUGAAGAGUUAGGGGAAGGGUCAGCUCCUGGCGGUGAAUCACCAAUGGACACUUCAAAUACAGAGUAUGCAUCCAAGAGUACAGAAGGUGAAGAUACAUGUGUGGGAACAGACAUUUACCCAACGGCCCCUUACAAAGGGGGAUGUAGGAUGAUUUUGAACGAAUUUGCAACCAAGAAUGAUGAUAACCAGAUUUCGUUUAUUGAACAUGUUCGUAUUUGCCCAAGGCGCUCGUCCUCCAAAAACUAAUUCACUUAACGGAUUCGUUGAAAUAAUCCUUGUGGGCGGGAUGACUAUCCACCAAGUAAUGUACGCAUCUUUCCAGAACAAGAUCUUCUCAAUCAUACAAGAGAAACAAACUACGCAACGCAAAAUAAAAAAUUUCUACUUUGUCCUCGGAUCGAAACAAGUUGCACCAGAUAUGUUGUUUUCUGACAGCCAGAUUACUAGUGACCAUCUCGAAGGAAUCUUACCUGCCGAGUCAUUGACGUACUGCAUAAUUUUACUUCACUUCGGACACAAUCAAGGGCAAUUUCAUCAAGCAGUUCAAUCUUUUUCACUAAUCCAAAAUGUUCCACCCGGCAGUGACACGGUAGGCUAUCUCCCAACCCCCAUAAACGACGAAAAGAUGAACCUUAUAAACGAGUUCAUUCAAGAUGUCCUAAUUGUUGGUCCUCCUUGUCCGGAUUCUGAGUGUGGAUAUUUCUAUUCCCUUCUCAGAGCUAAAGAACAGGUAUUGGGGGAAGGUGAAAUGCGAAUUCCUUUAUCUGAUGUUCCUAGACGGAAUGAUGGAACCAAACCUUACCUUAGUCUUUCGAGGUGCAGUCCUACGAGUUUUCCUAUGCAACAAUUAGCCUUUGAAAUUGAGAAAGCAACACCGAAAGCGAAAAACGACUGUAAACAACCAAAUACUAAACUCCCAUUCCAACUACUUGGUGUUUCACUACAGGCGACAGCUCAAAAGUUAAUUGUCAACGCCAAAGUAUUCUUUGACAGUAACCAGGUACAGUGUGAAAUACUAACAGGAAACUCUGUCACCAAAACUAGCCAGAUUCUAGGAAUUGGAGAGAGAACAGUUUAUCAGACAAUGGAGAAUUACAAAACGAAUAGUAUAAAAACACCUGGUAAGAAACGUAUUAGACCAACGCCAGUGAUGGAUCAGUUUGACGACUUCCGAACUGAGCACGUUAAACGAAUCAUUCAUCAAUUCUAUGCUAAUAAUCAAGCACCAACAAUGCAUAACGUAUACACAAAACUGAUGGAGGAAGUCAAGGAAGAAGAAGAUGGUCGGAUAGCCCGAGGAGAAACUCUUACAGCGUUCAAAUGUUCCAAGUGGACGUUAAGAAAACUCAUUAAGCAAUUAGGAUUUAGAUUCAAAACUGUUGAUAAGCGAGCAGUUAUCCUCAUGAGAUCAGACAUCGUGCAGAAGCGAUAUGAAUAUCUGUCCGUAAUGAUUAAAAAUCGUCAGUCCGAGAACCCAAAAUGUGUUGUCUACACAGAUGAAACGUGGGUCGAUAGUUAUGCUAGAACUGGAAAAGGCUGGGUUAUUAAUUCACCAAAGUCAUUUCAUGAAGCGGCUUUAUACUCCUUCCAAAACCCGAAAAUUUCUAGAGGACCACGUAUCAUUGUGAUGCAUGCAGGUGGAGAGGAUGGAUUCGUACCUGGCGCUAUGAAGGUAUAUCCAGUAUCAAAGAAGAAAGUCCAGAUGGAUUACCACGCAAACGUUAACGGUGUCGCUUACAUGGCUUGGUGGAAGGAUCUUAAUCAAAAGAUAAAAGAUAAUUAUGGUCCAUGCAUAAUUGUUAUUGAUAACGCUCCGUAUCACAGCACCAAGGAAGCCCCAAAAUCUACAUCCCGAAAACAAGAGCUAUACGACUGGCUGAAUGAUAAUUUAGAGGGCCCUGAAAAGCUGAAACUAAAACCUGUAAAGCAAAUGAGACGACCUGAAUUAUGGAAAAUGGUUCAAGACCUUAAAAACGGAAAUGAAUAUUACAUUGUGGAUAAGGAGGCAUUGAAAUAUGGAAACACUGUUGUCCGAUUACCCCCAUAUAACUGCGACUUGAACCCAAUUGAGUACGUGUGGAAAGACAUCAAGCACGCAGUUAGGGCUGCAAACACACAGGGGACCGCUGAGUUUGCACAAGCUGAGGCUGAGAGAAUUAUGACAACAUACACAAAGGAACAAUGGCAGAAACACAUCAAACAUGUGCACCGAUUGGAGGACGAGUAUUGGAAAAAUGAUGGACAUUUUGAUGACUUCCUUGAUGACUUCCAAACACGUGUAGCUUCAGCCAACCCCAUUCGAAUUACAGCAGCAGAUGAUGUGUCUGACGACGAAGAUGAGGACCCUGACGAUGUUGACGAAGUAGUUGAUAGAUUCCGAAUGCAAAUACACAAUGAUAUUGAAUACUCACAGGCUGGGGAAGAAGAAGACUUGCCUGAAGAAGAAUGUGCAACUUCUAGGAGGAGAUUAACCUUCCCACCAGAAUCAACCUAGAUUUUAACUUCAAUGGAUUCAAUACAUAAUAAAUAUUAUAAAUAGUGAAUCCGAUUUGUACAUAGUGUUAAGAAUUAUUAUUCAUUAAAUUUGUACGAAAUUUUCAAAAAUAUGCCUACCCCUCUCUACUUAACAUUCUUGCAAAACUGAAAACUUUAAAAUAAUGUCCCGUUUAGUAAAAUACAAUAAGUUAUUAUUUGACCCUUCAGGGGCCCUUAACUCUUGACCUAUACGUCACAAAAACCAAAAAAUAUUUUUCUGAUUC